GAUAUAAAUCAACCCUACUUCAUAAAUCAACAUAACCUCAAUUUUAUUAAAACCUCAAUUUUAAGGAACUAUUCGAAUAAAAACGAUGCUCUUUCCAAAUUUAAAACAAAUUCCUUCUUUAUUAAGUUCAGCAACUAAAUUAAUUACCACAAACAUUCAACCCGCAAGAACUAAAUGGGUUAAUCACUGUAUGAAAAGAGAUGUAAAACGACGUGAAAUUACAACGGAAUUCGCUCCAAUGCGUUUACGCGUGAAUGCAAUGCGUCGAAAUGAUAUUCUUCCCGCUGAAAUCAAAGAAUUGGCGGAUACGCAGAUAAAUUCAUUUCCGAGGGAUUCAACAUUGUUGCGGUGUAAAAAACGUUGUGUUGUUACGUCUCGUCCCAGGGGUGUUGUUAUACGUUGGAGAUUAAGUCGAAUUGUGUUCAGGUCUUUGGUGGAUUAUAAUAAAAUGGCUGGUGUUCAACGAGCUAUGUGGUAACAAGUAGGUGAUUUUUUUUUUGAAAUUUAGUUUUAUUAUAUUGUUAUAUUAUUGAAAUAAAGCAAUUAUGAAUCAGUAAUAGGAAUUA